AUGAGUGACAAAUGGCUCAACAUCGGAUAUGAGGAAUGCAUUUUGGAACCCUAUUCCGAACCCGUCGCCAACUACAAUGAUCCGGUGAGACUAGCUAUCAUGCAGAAAAUGGGUUAUCAACCGUCCGAGGUGCGCGAAGCACUGGAACAUCAAUGUUUCAACAACGUCACGGCUAUCUACCUUCUGUUGGAAGAUCCGAAAACGCAACAGAAUCUGCCCGCACAGAGCUUACGGACUGGUGCCCGUGGGUCAAAGGUUGACAUCCUCCCCGGUGGUGCUGGUGGCCUUGCACAAACCAAGCCUUCCACUGGCCUGCCACUGAAUGAUUCGGAGGGCAAAGGUCGUGGUGCCCAACAGGCGUGCAAAACCCAAUCACCUAAAGUUUCCAUCGCCGAAGGCAACGCCCGUUCUCCAGUCGAAUCCUCGUCACCCUCGGACCGCAAAACGGUUGCUGGAGUUUCUUGGAUGAAACAGAGGCCGCCUCUUGUUUCAGUUGCCACGAUAUUCGAUACAUCGCAGAAUAUUUUCAUAGAGGAAACUACUCGCAAGGUUUCUGAAAACUUCGACAGCCCACGACCGGUUUCGCCCCGCUUGGGGCUUAUCAGUGUCAGUGCCGGUCCCACCACCACGACAACCGCUGUUGAACGACCCUCAGUGGAUGAAAGCUCAUCUGGCGUUCUACCCCGACUUAACUUGACGGCUACUUUGAAACCCGUGGCUACCGAAACGGUGGCCAAUCGUGCUGUUGAUGAAGGUGUGGAGGACCUCAAUCCUGACGCUGCGUGGAUACGGCGGAAUAACACGUUCACCGGGAAGAAGGUUCGCCCGUCCGGCUCCGAUUCGACCGCACCGGAUGAAACUUGUCCUCUAUCCCGGGCACCUCAGUUCUUCGAUAUUCCCACGCUUGGGCAGCCUGACAGUAUCUCAGCCCUCGUGCUUCCUUCGGGUGGCGUGGCAGCUAGGUACCGAAAGGGUGCUACAGCUGAACGAUUAUUUCGAUUUUAUGGUAGUUUAGACGUUCUUUUCCCCAUUCAAUUCUUCCAAAUGAUCCAUCUGACCUCGAAAACUGGUCAGCCAGAUUUAAUCGAGAAGCCCGCUGAGACUGAGGAUCGAAUAAGCCAGGCGGGCGAACGUUCUCCGAUGGAUGAAUCUCAUAUCAAGACGGAACAACCCGUUCUCAAGCUCAAUGCGGCCGUGCCAUACAAAAAAGAUAACCCACAGAACCGCACCGAUACCGUUUUCCGCUCGCAGUUAGUCACUGCUUCUACCAAGAGGCCUAUUCCACUUACGAUUGGCCAGAAGAUAGGGCCCCUUGCUAGUCCAGCAUCAAGGCAGGCUCUAAUUGGCCGAAAGUCUGGACCCAACAGCCAAUCAUGA